GGCCGACCCUCUCAACCGAAAUCAUCAACUCAUGUUGUGUUAGACGAGGGCUGCACAUUUCCAAUCACCCCCCUCGUUAGCAAUCGAGUCUUAAUGAGCUGCCAUGGCCAGCCCUUCGGGUGCUUCAGGCCAGUUCGCCUCUGAGGCUGCCAGAGACUACAGUGCUCUUGUGUCGAGUAGUUCUCCGAGCUCACAUUCGUUGUAUAGCGAUGACGGUCAACGUGAAAUCGAUCAGAACGGCCAAGACCCAGACCAAUAUCAACACCAAGAUAACGAACAAGAUCCAAUAUGUCCCUGGCGGAAUCGCCGCUUCCAUCACCAAGAAUGCUCGCGAUACUUCGACUGUCCAUCCCACACCAUCGAGCGGAGUCUAUCGGAGAGUGGUUCUAGAGAUCAAGAAUCCACCCAUAGCUCACAUCACUCUCACACCAAUAUCGAUCGAGAUCAGCCUGAAGCACAAACUAUUCGCUUCUCGAACCAAGAGCUUGCGCAAGUUGGGAUCACCAGAAAUAAUGCACCAACCCCAGACUCGAACGAUACGAACGUUGACAGAGAUGCUUCCUCUACUACAAGCGAUCCUACAUCGAACCAAGCUCUUUUAACCCCCGCAGUUACCCGGGAAUCGGGUCACUCUUCGUCAGAUACACCACAGACUUCACUAUCGACAUACCCUAGGAGCUAUUCUCGUGACGCGCGGUUCGAGCAACCUGAUUCUCAAAGUGUUGUCACCGAUCACCCAGAUCAGAGAGCUAGGUCCAGUCAAGGCACAAACGCACCAAAUUCACAGGGGGCUCAACGAGCACACACAACUCCAUCCCGAGAGAGAAUGGAUGCGCCAUUGCCAUCCCCAAGACCGUUGGAAGAGGCACUCCCACCACUUCCGCGCUCUGCUCGCCAGUCAAUAUCUUCAGACCAACAACGUCCAAGAUGGCAGCCGGAUAAUGAGGUCACAUAUUGCCCUAUCUGCCAUACGCAGUUUAGUUUCUUCAUUCGAAAACAUCAUUGCAGGAAAUGCGGAAGAGUCGUUUGCAACGCCUGCUCACCGCACAGGAUCAUCAUCCCCCACCAAUAUAUUGUACGGCAGCCUGGCUCCGAGGCAGCCAUUCAUCAAUCACUGCUCGUUGACGGACUGGGAGCUGGAUAUUUUGAUGUGAAUGACAUGUCAGGAGGCGAACGGGUGAGGCUUUGCAACCCUUGCGUACCAGAUCCGAAUACAGCGCCCCCGCAAAGCCCGAGUCCACAAGCAACUCUUUCGCCGCGAGCUUCUCACCAGAGGUCACGAAGCAGUAUCGGCAAUGCCUAUGGGACACUGCAGCCGUCUCAUCGACAUGGCGCAGUUUUCGCGCCCGGCACCGGUGGCGACCCAUACAGAUAUCUCUCUCUCAGGACAAGGAGUGUCACAAUGGGCUCGGCGUCAUCUGGUUCCUCUCCUGGUCCUUCAUACAGAAGACGUAGCGGAGCCCACCAGUCGCGUUUUGAGCGACUCCAGGCAAGCGGCACGGCUGCUUCCCCAUCUUCAUAUCCAGAACGCUAUAGCUCACUGGGAGAAUCAUCGACAAGGCAACGGGCACUUCCACCCACGCCACAGAUUGCCGAGGAAGAUGAAUGUCCUGUUUGUCAUCGCGAACUGCCGUCCCAGAGCUUACCAAACGCUGAAGAACUUCGUCAGUCUCACAUCACGAAGUGCAUCCAGACACACAGCGCGUAUGGAACGUUGGGCGGUGGUGAGGAUGGCGGAGCGCCAGCUGUACCCCGUUUAACAGGCAUGUAUUGUUAUUCCGCAACGGAGAAGGAUUGCAUCGACGAUGCAGAGUGCACCAUUUGUCUCGAAGAAUUUACUGUCGGAGAUCAAAUGGCACGCCUGGAGUGUCUGUGCAGAUUUCAUAAGCACUGCAUCUCGUCUUGGUUCCGUAAACAUCCCGGACGAUGUCCAGUUCACCAGCAUGGCUUGGGUUAUUAAGAGAGAAGGCGUUUCUAUUGCAUAUGAGAAUGGCGUAACGGAUAUGGGACUGGCCACUUUUCAGCAUUUUCUUAUGUCUUAGAUUUGGUUGAGCACUAGCCACUCUGCCUUCGUUUAUUGCAGCGUUUAAAGUUGAAUAUGCGUCAUGUAGCAGCGCAGGAAGUAUUGGAUGUUUCAAUACGAUGUGAUAAAGAAUACAGAAAUGCACUCGGAAUGCACUCGGAAGUAAACCAUUUUGUCAAUAACCUGCUUUUCAAGACGAUUCCUUGUUCUCGUCACUGUGUUGGGUUGCAUGAGUCGAUGCUAUUUAACUCAGUAUCCUUACCUAUAUCAAACUCAAAGAUUACAUCACGGUCAAAAGCUUGGAAGUGACGGGUUAUAUCU